CCCGUGAUAUGGUUUUGCGGCAGGAUGCGGUGCGGGGGUUUCGGCCAUCAGUGACCAUACCGCCCGCAAAUAUUAGUAGAGCUGAUUGAACAAGGCAUGAUGGAAUGGACUCCCGGGCAAAGGCUGCUGCUUGGCGUUAUGGUUCUUGGACUUGUGGACAUCUUGUGGGUGACUUCAUCGGAGCUUACAGAGUACCUCUUCAAGGAGGACGGCUUCAGCAAGCCAUUCUUCUCCACCUACCUGAAGAACGCGCUGUUCUCCGUCUUCCUGCUGGGGUUCCUGGUGUGGCCGCCGUGGCGCGCCGGCUGCAGCCAGCGACACGAGUUCCUAGUCGUGAGUGACCCGAGCGAGCCCGAGUUCGUGCCGGUGCUGUUCGACGAGGACAAGUCGUCGGGCACGGACAGCGAGGACCAGGCGGGCGGCGAGCGGGCCGGCCGGCGCGCCGUCCGCUUCAGUCGCCUCAUGGAGGUGCGCCAGCUGUCGGAGCGCGACGCCGGCCAGGCGCUGUUCGCGCGCCUCUCGUACCGCGCCAGCCUGCAGCUACGCCGCCAGGCGCUGAUGCGCGCCGCCCGCCUGCCGCCCGCUCAGGUGGCGCUGUUGGCGCUGCAGUUUACGCUUCCGUUUGUGCUGGGCCAGUACAGCUACCAGCUGGCGCUCAGCUACUCAGAGGCGGCCUACGUCAACAUCCUGAGCUCGUCGUCGGGCUUGUUCACGCUGCUGCUGGCCGCCACCUUCCCCUCCACGCCCGGCGACAAGUUCACCGUCUCCAAACUGCUCGCCACGGCCGUCAACAUCGCGGGCGUGGUGGUGGUCAGUCUGUCUGAGCUCAGCGGUGAGUUCCGGAUCCCUGCCGGCGCGCUGUGGGCGCUAGCCGGCGCGCUGCUGUACGCCGCCUACAUCGUGCUGCUGCGCGCACGUGUCGACCACGAGGACAAGCUCGACCUGCCCAUGUUCUUCGGGUUCGUGGGCGUGUUCACGGUCCUGAUGUUCUGGCCCGGCUUCCUGGUGGCGCACUACGUGGGCUACGAGCCGUUCCAGCUGCCCAACGCCCAGCAGUGGCUGUUCCUGGUCACCAACGGUGUGAUCGGCACGGUGCUCUCCGAGCUGCUCUGGAUGUGGGGCUGUCUGCUGACCUCGUCGCUGAUCGCCACGCUCUCGCUCUCCCUCACCAUCCCGCUGACCAUGCUGGCGGACGUGGCGCUGCGCGGCGUGAAGUACCGGCUGUCGUUCUACCUGGGCAGCGUGCCCAUCUUCGCCGCCUCGCUGUGCGUCACGCUGCUGGCGCACUACGACAACUGGGACCCGGUGAUGGACUGGCUGCGGCGGCUGGCGGCCCUCUGCUGCCCCGGCUGCUGCCGCACGCAGCGCAGGACGGACCCGUCCACAGACGAGCAGUCGGCCUCGCUCAUUUCGGGCUCGGAGGACGAGGACGAGGACGAGCCGAGUCGGACGAGCACGUGAUGCCCCGCCGGCCCGCACGCUGCACAUCCUGGUACCUGACGCCGGCUCCUGGCGUCUGGCAGCGCCCCCGGCGGCGCCGACUCCAUUCCACUUGUACCCCGACUCCACUCGGCUGCGGCCGCCCGUCUCCCUGGGGCGAUCCUCGGACGGUGCGCCGCUCCCACAGGGAUCCCAAGGUCAGACUGGACGGUCACGCCAAUGAAGUGGGUGUGCAGAGCGGGGAGAAGUUAUUCGCACAUCAUGGGUACAUGUUGAGGGCCUGACAGCGUUACAUUAGGUGGGACGCCAGGUGGGCAUAUACUGAUGCCAGGAAGGCGGCGGGUGGGUGGUUGGGUCCGGGCGUUGUAUGGGUGCACGCGUGUUACGUCAGAGCCUGGUUCUCGCGGUUUCCGUUGCCGAUCACCGCAGUGUGGCGCCACGUGUACAGGGUUUGGCAGUGGGUGGCAUAUCGCUUGUUCCUGGUCGCGUGGAUAUCGUCCAUCGCUCUGGACGAUGUUGCGGACGAUGCCGCUGUCGGGCCGGUGAGGGGGCCGCCAGGCAUCCAGGUCGUGAAAACGCCGCCGCAACUGCAGCUGCAAGAGGCGGGAGCUUAGAGCCCGUUGUUGUUACCAAAGCUGUGCCAUGGCCCGCCGGGCGCGCGCGGGGCGUUAGCGCUGUACGCCACGCCGGGCGCGCUCGCGCUGGACUUGUGGGACGUUCGGGUACCGUUUACGCCCCGCUGUACAGGACGCUGAUUGGGGUGGUUAUCCAGCUGUCCCCGUGUUUGGGUUGUGACCGCGCAGAUCUCUCUCCCUCUCUCCCGCCGGCCGACUCGGCGCGGCUCCGAGUCGGCCGGCGUCCCGUCCUUCCGUCGUGCCGGCGCCGACGGACGCCGGUGCUGGCCGCCAAACAGGCGGUGGGAAGCAGCACUUUUGUAGUGGGAGCGCUGGCUGUCGUCGGCCAUUCCUUGCCUACGUUGUUUCUCGUUUUGCCGUGCUGCUUUGUGUUUGACCGGACCGUCGGCACGAAGCAAGUCCGGAUUUUUGUUCAUUUUAUCGAGGAAUGCACAACUCUUUCUCCAUACUUUUUUUUCCUACUUUCCCGUAUGUCGCACUGUUCCGCGUGGCCUUCCGGCCCCUUGUGCGCCAUGAAUGAUAUUAGUUUGACGUGUCUUAUUCGACUGUAAGUAUCUAUCGUAUGCAAAUUGUUCCUUUUUGUCUGCCCUGUUAUUUAGUUGCUUUAUCUCCCUAGCGUUUGACGCUCAAAUCGUAAGAACUGACAAAACUAUCUUAGAAAUGUCGGGAAUCGCUUCUGUCUUUGUCCGCUGCUACGUUCGCCAACAUUGGCUCAUUCGUAUACCUGGCACAUUCAACACAUGGCGUACAUUGGCGUAUUCAUAUCUAGUCUAGUACUUGUGCAUGCAUCGCCGUGAUUCGAAGCAUUCUAUUCGAGCAUUCGUUCGUGGCGUAGCGCAGUCUAUCGUGCUACGUUGGCGGGCACACAAACCCUCGGCCGUCUUGCCAUCUGUGGAGGCCGCCGCGUCUUCGCACCUCUCCCAAGCAUGCGUCGCUGGGCAGGAUACGACGGAGCCGCCGAUGAUGGCGACUUCAGUUUGCGCAUGCGCGCGGUCCACCCGCUUCUGCGGAGCGUGGCUGACGUUCUCGCCCACGCAGUCUCGCACCGCGGCCCUUGCCAAAGCCUCCGAACUGUCCACGUGAUAGUGGGAUCGCUGAUUCCGCGGCAAACCCGGCGAGCCAGCCGGGUGUGGCAGAGCUGGGCCGUUCCCAGGCGGUCGUGUCUGCGCUCAGGCGGCGGGGCUCGCCCAUGUCGCCAGCAUUCGCUUGCGGUCGAAUCUGUACCAUCGUCUGGCAGUAGUUGACUUCUGCCAAACAGAGGGAUGCGGCGAAGUAGGUAGGAGUCGAUGCCUCUGGCUGUUCGCGUGCCCUGGACGGAUUUUGUCGACGUGCUGUCCGCGCGCCAUUUUACAGUAUCGUUGGCUCACAGCACAUCAGUCCUCAGAGACGCUAGCUCACUGCACAUCAGUCCUCAGAGACGCUGGCUGACUGCACACGUCCUCAGAGAUGCUGGCUCACUGCACACCAGUCCUCGGAGUCGCUGGCUCACUGCACAUCAGUGUCGCUGGUUCACUUCACAUCAGCCCUCGGAGACGCUGGCUCACUGCACACCAGUCUCCAGUCACCGGCUCACUGCACACCAGUUCGUAGAGUCGCCGGCUCACUGCAUAUCAGUCCUCAGAGUCGCUUGCUCACUGCACACCAGCCUCCUAGUCGCCGGUUCACUGCACACCAGUCCUCAGAGUCGCUGGCUCACUGCACACCAGCUCUGCUGGCACACUGCAACAGACGUGAUAUCCAGCUGCCGACCUCGGCCAGGGCAUCACCCGCCGAUCUCUGGCAUCGCGCUGGUCAGACCCAUGCGGGGCGGGCGGGGGGAAGGUGGGGGGUCGUGCGGCCGCUCGCGGUUGUUACUCGACAUCGCCAGGGGCUGGCUGCUGCCGGUCGGGUCAAACAGGCGGCGCGCAGCGCGGGAUGCCGGACGAUGAGGCGGCGGUUCGCUGGAGGAAACCGCUUCUUAACGUUGAGGCUGUGUGCCGAGUCGUGUCUGUAGCUGCUGUGCCGCCGAGCCGAGACGGACAUUUGGGUGUGUGCCGUGCAUCGGCGUGUCGGCGUGGGGAUGCGGCGCGGUCUCCGGUCAGGACUAGGUCUUUAUCAGCCGUUUCCGGUCCGCCGGGUUGCUGGAGCUCUCACUGGGAAGGCUCUUUAGGUAAUCGCGUUUUAGGAAUGGUGAUCCCUAGACCAGUGACAGAGGUGGGUCAUAUCGGGCUUUUGAAGAGGGCUGGGUCGGCUUCCUGUCGGUGAGGGUCUGUUUUGUGCAACGUCACCGUUGUUGGCGCGCGUUCUACCAGGGUAGUACAGGUAGACGCAGCUGCCGUGCGCUUUCCAGUUGCCCACACAUGCGUUUCAGAGUGUGUCGCUGUUUUCUAGCCGUCAGCCUGCUGCAUUCCUCGCGGACCACACGCAAGACUGGCGCCGCUUCGCAGUGUUGUUUCAAAGUGUGGCAGUAAAUUGGUUGGAGGUGUGUAGUUUUACUUAAUCGCAUUGCUGAUGGGCAUGCCCUGCGAUGAGGCUGGUUAUCCAAUGCUGAUGAUGUUAUGUGAUUAGGGGUUGAUCGGGGCCCUUUGUGUCAGACGAUGGGAAGACAGCUGUACUGUAGCCGUGGAUUUGACUGAAUGCCAUGCUGAAAAUGGCUUGAUUAAAAAGACGUUAUGCCAUGACGGCAAUCAAAUGUUGUCAAUGACGUCGGAGAGGAAUGCAGCGUUGUCGGCUCAUAGUCUUUGACAGAGGCCAUACGUUCCUCAUCGUCGCAUUGCAACGGACUACCCCCGUGGCGAGGACAGACCAUUUGUCGACAGAUGACGUCACUGACCCUGACGUCACCGAGACCGGGACGUUAGGGUCACACCACGGCCGCGCUGUCCCAGAUGACCAGGCUGUUCCCCAGGCACGGGGAUCCACCGCGUUGCCGCCUGAAUCGUUAUGUAUUUUUCAGGGAUGUUGAGUGAUUAUUGCCGACUUGAUUUGUGCAAUAGCGACGUAAUAAAUUAUUUUUGCAUGUACUCUGGACUUUGUCGCCCGAUUUGUUUGGAGACCGUGAAAAGGCUGGAGGAAUGCCGCAGUGUCGUAGAGAGUAACCCGGCCAGCACUGACACGCAGCACAUGCCGUCAGGAGCGUCGCCCACGAACUGAGUCGUCCGAGCGGGCUGUUGAUAAACGAAUGCGUCAUACAUCACCAGUGAGGACUGCUGGAGCUGCGGCGCUCCCGGCCGCAACGCGAGAGCGCGCCGAUCAGCUGACGUGGUGCUACUUGGUGGUGGUGGUGGUGCGUUGGUGCGAGGAUGACCGCGGAUCAUGAUGAACAGCCCGAGCCGUCGGAGAAUCCUCCUCUCUGCUCUCCUGCGGGCUCUCCAGAUCGCCCGCUUCUUGAUCAGUGCGCUAGUGGCGCCGCGGCUGGAGGCGUCUCAGCGAUUCUGGCCACCAUCCUGCGUGGGUCGGGAGGGACGUCGGCGACGCCUGGCUCCGAGCGUGGAGCACAUCGCUGACAGGUGCACGCUGCCAGCGUGUCAACUCCACCGCUGACGUCGCGAGCCGGGGCGUGCCCGCCAGCCGGGCGUCGUUCGUCUUUCAAAAGCCGCUCCGCCGCGGCUGGCGCCUCCAGCGCUUCUCGCGCCGGCAGCAGAAACCUGUCCUCUCGCUGCACUCUGUUCAAUGGC